CAAAUACGAAGUUUUUUGAUGCUUCUGCGCAUGUCGUGGUAUCGCUGUUGUCGGAAGAUCGGUGAGCUUGUAGGUACCAUUAUUGGGACCAGAUUUGGGGGUGCUAUGGUUGCGACGGCAUUUGGAUCUGCUUUAUCUGGAGUACUUUACUUCACUAUUAAUGACUAUGAGCAUGUCAAAAUGAAGUCUGUAAAAACUGACAUUGGACACUGUUCUCCUGAAGAAAAGUUUAGAACCUUUGCCUCACUACAAUACAACGGUGUUUUGCUGAUGACUCCCUCAGAUUUUCUUCAUUCUUUGGUUGAUAAUCAAAUACAAGGAAAUAUGAUAGCUUCAAGAGAUUAUGAGUUUAUUGAGAAAAUAAUGACGAAGGCGUCUAAGAUGAAAUAUGGGUCUCGUUUUUUCCGAAACCUUCAAAAUAAUGGCAUAAUAACAUUUUCGGAAUAUUUGUUCCUACUCCAUAUGUUAACAAGUAGAAAUAUCUCUUCACGGCGUUCAUAUAUUUCAGAGUCCCCUUCAGGUUAUGAAAUAGCAUUCAAAAUGCUCGACAGGGAUUUAAACGGAUCUGUUGAUGCCAGAGAAUUUAUGAUCUUGAAUCAUAUAAUCUCGGAGAGUGCUGCUGACUUGCCCGAUGCCGAUAAAGCGUCAUGCGACCUUUUGCUUCCGGAAGAUCAAGCUUAUAAUACAACUCUGAUGACUCAUCUGUUUGGUUAUAACAAAAACAACAAAUUAACAUUUAAUGAAUUUAAAAAAUUUGUGCAAAAUUUUCAAACCGAAGCUUUAGAGGUUGAAUUUCAGCAAUAUUCAUCCGGGAAAUCUACGAUUAGUUCAGUUGACUUUGCUCGUAUUCUUCUUCGUUACACUACAGUUUCUACUUCCGAGUACGAUUCAUUUAUCAGUCGGCUUGAAAAUUCAGCUCUCUCUAAUAUAACAAUUUCCUUCGCAGAAUUUCAAAAGUUUUUCACCUUUUUAAACUGUUUGGAUGAUUUCGCAUUGGCAGUAAAAAUGUACACCAUAGCAGGGAAGCCAAUAUCUUUACCCGAAUUUAAGCGAGCCGUUAGAGCAUGUAUCGGUAAUGAACUAAGCUCUGAUGUUUUGACAGUCUUAUUUGCUCUGUUUGAUUGUGAUGGAGAUAAUUGUCUUAGUUAUAAUGAAUUUAUUCAUAUCAUGCGUGAACGACAUUCCGGGGGGUUAUCGCAAACUGCUAAACGUCAUCACUACACAAAGAUGUUUAAAAAAUGUUUAAAACGUGAACUUCAAAGUUCAGUGAACUAAACCAGGAAUGACUGUUCCAGUUAACACUUCUAAAUCAACUCUUAUGCUCAAUUGAUUUCAGCAACAUAACUUAUUUUUCCUCUUUCCGAAAUCAAAACAAGAACAGUGCAAAAUGGAUUAGGUUUGUUUUUUUCAGCCAAAUUAUAUGUAAAACUGUUUUGACUUAAUUUGAUAGAUAAAUCAUCAAGUCUUUGAAUAGUGCUCCAAACAUGGUCGUUUAUCAUAUGGGUACCCUGAAAUGAAGGUUUGAACCUAUAAGUUAAACCUUUUCAUUCCUUACUAACGUUUAUUAAUAUAUACUUGACAAAGUGUUUGUUCCCUCUUAGAAAAAACCAUUUAAAAGGGACGGUAACCGGUAACUGACUAGGCUCUUAUAUUCAACAUUGAAUAAUUCUAAUUCAUUGUUCAAGAUGCGAUACUUGACGAGUCGCUUGUAGAGAGGUUUAGUCGCCUAAAAAAUAAUACAGAUGACUUUUAAAUAUUGCUCUUUUCGAUGAUAAAAUCUUACAGUUAUAAUUGAGUAAAUGCUUGGUAAUUGAAAGUCAUUAACACUGAGUACUCAAUUUACAAGUCAUACGUUUGUCAAAUAAAUUUUGUUAGAUUUGUUUUUGCUCAUCAAUCCAUGUGGAAAACUUUCCGAUUUAGUUUUUCUUUUAAUACGCAUCAGACAAUAUGCUUAAACAACGGGCCUAUUUAACAUCAAAAGCGUUUUAUGAAUCCUCAUGUUCGAAUCACGAUUCAAGAAAUUUUGCUUACUGUGUUCCAUUUCUUGAGAUGAUUUAUUUUUACUAUACAAAACCUCAAUUUUUUUUUACGUGACAAAAAUAUUUUAUUUUUAUGAAUUUUAGUAAUUCCUUUUGAAGCGAUAACAUUCCCUCUUGUUUUCGAACAUAGAUUUUAAUACCAUGAGAAACUUGUAAUCAAUUUAGAUGUUGAAAGUUUCUACUCACCUGUUGUUUCUCAGAUUCGUCUGUUAGUUAAUUUAAAACACAAUUUGAUUCGACUCUUUACACCGCAUUUUGUUUUAUGUUCAAAGAAGCACUUUUUGUAUUGGUUUCCAAAACAAAUUGUAAUAUUUUCUUUUAUCAUCAGUAAUAUCAGUUGAUACAAAAUGCCAAAACAAAGGAGAGGAAAUAUCACAACAGUAAAGUUGUAUUCUAU